ACUCAAUUGCAAAAUAUAUAAAUAAAAUUCUACCGUCUUCUUCUCCGUUAGCGAAAUUCACGACAGAGCCCUUCAAUUUUCCUUAGGGUUUAAUUCUUACCCAAUCCAAAAAUCGCCAUGAAAUUAGCUUCACUUGACAGUGUACAAAAUGCUCACGACGAUUCCAUUUGGUCGGCGGCGUGGGUCCGGUCGACGGAGGAAUCUCCGGCGUUACUUCUCACCGGAGGUCUUGAUGAAACUGUGAGGCUAUGGGACCCGAGUAACUUUACUUGUGUUCAAACUUUCACCGGUCAUUGUCUCGGUGUUGUAUCUGUUGCUACUCAUCCUACUCGUAGAAUCGCUGCAUCUGCUUCUAUAGAUAGCUUUAUUAGAGUUUUUGAGGUUGAUACUAAUAAGACUAUUGCUACUCUUGAAGCUCCUCCUUCUGAAGUCUGGCAAUUGCAAUUUAGUCCCAAUGGUAGCAAUCUGGCAGCAGCUGGAGGUGGUAGUUCAUCAGUCAAGCUAUGGGAUACUACUCAGUGGGAACUUGUUAUCACAAUGUCAAUUCCUCGUCAAGGAGCCCCACAACCAUCUGAUAAAAACACCAACAAGAAAUUUGUCCUUUCAGUUGCAUGGAGUCCUGAUGGUAGGCUUCUUGCUUGUGGAUCAGUUGAUGGGACUAUUUCUGUUUUUGAUGUAGCUCGUGCCAAGUUCCUUCACUUCUUAGAUGGCCAUAGCAUGCCUGUGCGUUCUCUGGUGUUUUCACCUUCACUUCACGAUUCAAGAAUACUCUUCUCUGCAUCAGAUGAUGGUCAUGUGCAUGUGUACGAUGCUGAGGGGAAAACAUUGCUCACAUCUUUAUCGGGUCAUGCAAGUUGGGUUCUGAGUGUUGAUAUCUCCCCAGAUGGGGCUGCAAUUGCAACAGGUUCAAGUGACAAGACGGUCAGGCUGUGGGAUCUUAAGAUGAGAGCGGCUACACAAACUUUAACCAGCCAUACAGAUCAGGUUUGGGCUGUGGCUUUUGGACCAACAUCAAGGACUGAUGUUCGGUCCUGUAUGCUUGCAAGCGUGUCUGAUGACAAGAGUUUAUCAUUCUAUCAGUACUCUUGAUUGUUGUGGGUUAAUCACCCAUUGCAUGCCUAUAUGUUGGUAGGAUGUAUCAAGAAAACAUUUGGUUUCUUUUCGAUGGCAUGACUUUAGGUUUCAGAGUCAUACAACACGAAAUGCUAUUGAUUCAAUCUCUAGAAAACAUAUCAAUUUCAUAUCCAGUAGGGUUGACCUCUUAUGAAGCAGAGCAUGCUCACUUUCUUGAUGUUCUUCGUUAUUGUAUAAAUUAUCGAUGGAGCAGAUACUUAUUUCCCGUCAUUUGGGACAACUGUCGGAGUUCCUUCCUGGUGCUUUCGUUGA